CUUUUCUGCUGAGCAAACUGUCAGCCCACGCCCCCUGCUGGUCGGGACAGGAAGGAAAACACCCUCCCGAAGGUGGGGGCGGCCAUAGCCCACGUGCAGAGGGCUGGGGAGGGGUCCCCCUCCCCGCUUAGUCGCACUGUUUGGGGUAAGCCAGAGCGUCCUCAUGGGACCCCCCUCUACAAAUGCUGCUCCACCCCCCCACUCACCUGCCCCAAGGCCUCCGCUCCGGACACCCCCUUCACAGCCCGGCCAGCAGCCCCGCCGGUGGGGAGGUCCCCAGCGACGUCUGGAGCGCAGGCCACCUCCUCCCCCUGGGCCCGGCCCUCGGAGGGAAAGGGGCGUGUAUUCCUUUAAGGGGCAGGCCCGGCGGGAGCGCGGGGGUUUGCCCGCAGCCGCUUCCUUUCUGGCCGCUCCAGGUCCCCCGAUCCGCCUGUGUCCUCGGACCCGGAGAGCCCGCACCCCCCGAGCGCGCGGGCCGUCGAGGAGCCGCGGGGGACGGUGCGUUCCUCCCUCGGGGCUCCGGGGCUCCCGCGGCCCCCACGCGUCCGCGGCCGGGCGGCUGGGCUGUGAACACGCGCGCGGGGCGCUCGGGGCGCCAGGAAGCCUUGCCCAGGACACGCUGGCGCUGCCGCCAUGGGCCGCCUGCUGCUCCUGGUCCUGCUGCUCCCGCUGCCCUGCGUCCCCGGCCUGCCCUUCUACAACGGCUUCUACUACUCCAACAGUGCCCACGGCUGGGACCCGGGCCUCGGCGGAGGCCUCUUCAACGGCGUGAAGCUGGUGGUGGAGACGCCCGAGGACGCCCUGCUGUCCCACCGGGGGGCCAACGUGACCCUGCCCUGCCGGUACCGCUACGAGCCGGCCCUGGCCUCCCACGGGCCCGUGCGCAUCAAGUGGUGGAAGAUGUCGGAGAACGGGGCCCCGGAGCAGGACGUGCUGGUGGCCGUCGGGCCCAGGCACCACUCCUUCGGGGACUACCGGGGCCGCGUGCACCUGCGGCCCGAGGGGGAGCGGGACGUGUCGCUGGAGAUCCGGGACCUGCGGCUGGAGGACUCGGGGCGCUACCGCUGUGAGGUCAUCGACGGGCUGGAGGACGAGAGCGGCGUGGUGGAGCUGGAGCUGCGGGGUGUGGUGUUUCCCUACCAGCCCCCCCAGGGGCGUUACCAGCUCAACUUCCAGGAGGCGCAGCAGGCCUGCGAGGCCCAGGAGGCGGCCGUGGCCUCCUUCGAGCAGCUGUUCCGGGCCUGGGAGGAGGGCCUGCACUGGUGCAACGCGGGCUGGCUGCAGGACGCCUCGGUGCAGUACCCCAUCACGCUGGCCCGGGGGCCCUGCGGCGGCCUGGGCCUGGCGCCCGGCGUGCGCAGCUACGGGCCCCGCCACCGCCGCUUGCACCGCUAUGACGUGUUCUGCUUCGCCGCUGCCCUCAGGGGGUGGGUGUACUACCUGGAGCACCCCGAGAAGCUGACACUCUCAGAGGCCAAGGCGGCCUGCCGGGAAGACGGCGCCCAGAUCGCCAAGGUGGGCCAGCUCUUUGCCGCCUGGAAGUUCCGCGGCCUGGACCGCUGCGAUGCCGGCUGGCUGGCAGAUGGCAGCGCCCGCUACCCCGUGGCUCACCCACGUCCCACCUGCGGGCCCCUGGAGCCCGGGGUCCGAAGCUUCGGCUUCCCAGACCCGCAGAGCCGCAAGUAUGGAGUCUACUGUUACCGUCCUCCUCACUAGAGCCGGCCACAGCUCUGUGCCUGCCUGGCCCUUCCCCCCAACCCCUCACGGCUGUAUUUACUAAAUGGAUCAUGUUCCCUAUUGCUUUUAUACUUCUCAACUUAAAUAAAAAUAUAUAUAUAUUUUUAUUGAUUUCAGAGAGGAAGAGAGAGAGAGAGAGAGAAACAUCAAUGAUUAGAGAGAAUUAUGGAUCGGCUGCCUCCUGCAUGCCCCCUACUGGGGAC